AUCAAAAAGGCAGAAGUAAGAUUUAUUUACACACAAAAAAAAAAAAAGCUUAUACCGAGAAGUGCGUUUAGUGUGAGCGUGAACAAGCACGAACAAUUUCUAUAACAAAGAAGAAGAUUUAUGAACCAAAAUUCCAAACGACACUCUCACCAAAAUCGCUUCCUCUUUUCUCUUCAACGAUCUUCAUUCCUUCAAUUAAUUUGAACUUCCAGGACUUGCUGUGAUUUCUAGAAGCUUAGAGGUUUUUGGCUGAAGAUUCGGGUCUUGAAGUUAUUGAGAUGUGGGUUUUUGAUUGUCAUGGAUGAGUUACAAGCAGUAUGUGAACUCAAACUAUGUAUAAACAUUUAAGGCACCCACAGAUGGAGAACUGCUGAUGUUAUAUUACAUCAAAGUACUGAGAGUAGAAGAGAUUAUCAAGAAAGCAGGUGAGAGAAAUGGAGUGCAAUAAGGACGAGGCUACCAGAGCUAAAGAAAUUGCUGAGAGGAAGUUCAUUGCAAAGGACAUGUCGGGAGCAAAGAAGUUUGCUUUGAAAGCCCAAAAUUUAUUUCCUUCCCUUGAGGGUAUUCCUCAAAUGGUAGCGACACUUGAUGUGUAUAUUUCUGCUGAGAAUAAAGUAAAAGGAGAAGAAGAUUGGUAUGGUAUACUUGGUGUGAACCCGCGUGCCGACGAUGAUACGGUUAGGAAACAUUAUAGGAAGCUAGCUCUCAUGCUUCACCCAGACAAGAACAAGUCCAUCGGAGCCGAUGGGGCUUUUAAAUUUAUUUCAGAGGCAUGGAGUAUACUAUCCGAUAAGGCUAGAAGGGCAGCUUAUGAUGAAAAGAUAAAUGCAAAAGCACAGAAAGGUUCCACCAUUUUUGGCAGUUCAUCAGCAAAAGCGGCGGCAAAUGGGGCUAACAAUAGUAAAAAGAAACCCCCUUCAAGUGCAAAGACUCAAAAAAAUACUGCUAAAGAACAAACUUCAUCCUCUGCCAAUAAAUCAAAAUCCACAUUUUGGACUACUUGCCAUCGCUGUAAAAUGCAAUACGAGUAUCUCAGAAUGUAUCUUAACCUUAAGCUCGUGUGUCCUAGCUGCCAUGAAGCAUUUUUGGCUUUAGAAACUAAUCCGCCUCCUGCAAGUGGUAUCAGACCUGGGGCUACAUUGAAUUUUAAGCAAAAGCCCAAUCACCAAGGACCUCAUAAAAGCAAAUCUAAUGCUGGAAAGAACAACAUGGCAGCUCCAAAUGUUGGAGCAGGGUCUAACAAGAAUAGUUUCCAGUGGGCUCCAUUCUCAAAUUCUGGCGUUUCUAAUGUGGCUCAUGCUGCAAAUGUGGUUCAGCAGGCAUAUCAUAAGGUGAAGCGAGAUCGUGAGGAGGCACAAGCCGCUACCAAAAAGGAAGAGGCUUUAAGAAAGAAACAGAAUGUUUCCAAAAAAGGUUACUUUAAUCCAGCUAAGAGGAAAAGGGGGGCCAUGGAGGGAAAUGGAGCAUCUAACUUGGGCGGUGGUAUCAAGAAGUUUAACUCUACUCGAGAUCUCUCCCCGGUUGAACUUCAGAAUCUUCUUGUCGAGAAAGCUACAAAAGAAAUUAGCAAGAAACUCAAAGAGUUUCAGUCAAAUACUGUUGAUAAAUCAGUGGCGAAAAAGAGUGGAGAUUGCUUCCAGAAAGAACGGAAAGGAGAAUUUUCAGCAAGAAACUCUGAGAUCUGUACUCAAAAUACCAUUGGCAAGUCAGAAGAUGCAAAGAAUAGAUUGCAGGCUUGCACGUCAUUUGCAGCUCCUACCAUUGAUAGUAAUUGCACGGAAAUUUUGGAUUCAAUGCUAGUAGAUGUUCCAGAUCCUGAUUUUCAUGAUUUUUUCACGGAUCGAACUGAAAGGUCUUUUGGUGAAAAUCAAGUAUGGACUGCAUAUGACGGUGAUGAUGGGAUGCCUCGACGUUAUGCUAUGAUUCACAAAGUGAUCUCUCUGAAUCCAUUCAAGUUGCAGAUCAGUUGGCUCUACCCAAAUAUCAACAGCAGCGAACCAGGCCACCAAAAUUGGAUUGCGUUAGGCUUUUCAAAAACUUGUGGGGAUUUCAGAAUAGGUAAACGCGAAAUCUAUGACUCGAUCAAUUAUUUUUCUCAAAAGGUUAGGUGGAUAAAAGGUAACGAUCGAGCCAUUUGUAUAUAUCCCAAAAAAGGAGAGGUUUGGGCCAUCUAUAGGAAUUGGUCUCCUAACUGGAAUGAGCUAAUAGCAGAGGAUGUGAUACACAAGUUUGAUAUGGUUGAAGUACUUGAGGAUUUUGUUGAAGAACACGGCGUAACUGUCAUUCCUUUGGUCAAGGUGGCAGGGUUCAUGACAGUAUUUCACCACCACUUUGAUGACAAAGAGAUCAAAAUCAUUCCGAGGAAGGAGAUGCUUCGAUUCUCUCAUCAGGUACCUUCAUACGUACUUACUGGCGAAGAAGCUGCUAAUGCUCCAAAAGGUUGCAGGGUGCUGGACCCAGCUGCUACUCCAUUUGAACUUCUCGAGGUAAUAAAAGUCGCGCAGGAGGAAAACAUAGUCGACACCAUGGAUAGUAUCACCAAAGAAGCUCAUUGUGAGGAAGUGGUCAGUGAUAUCGGACAACUUGGGGGAGCAAAGGAGGGAUUGAAGGAAGUUACUCAUAAAAUGGAAACUUCAGAAGAGGACAGAGGGAAGAAGAUAUGCAUAGGCUUGUAGCAAGGAAGGUAUGUACUAUGCAGCAUGAUAAAGGAAAACAACUUGAUGACUUUGCAGCCCGUGUUAGAAAUGAAAGGUGCUCGAUAGCCAGAAUUAAUUUGACAAAAUAGGAUCCGAAGAUCUGAUUACUUUGGAUGGAUGAGAAGAUCUGAUUACUUUCUAUAUCCAACAACCACCAUCGAAUAUGGUGAGUUUUGUCAAAUUUUUCUAGCUGUGUAGUUUUACUGUCAAAACAAAAAAGGGAAGAUUACAUUCCCAAUCUGACAUUACAAUUUUACUGUUAUCAACUGUUGAAGUUGAUUGGUUCAGCCUUCUGUCAUACCAAAAUCUAUUACUGGAAUGACAAGGCUAUACCUUCUGGGGCAGUGUGUGGAUUAUCUUAGUCGCUGCUUUCCGUUCGGGCUCCACCCAGAAAACACAUAGUAAGGGGUGCUCCCUAAGUAUCGGAACAAUGAGGCUAUACAUUCUGCAAAUUGUUCCAUAUUUGAACUUUGAAGUUUGUCAAAAGCAGAUCUCUGCAAUUUGGACGGGUCUUGCUAUGCCAUUAAGUCUUUUAUUUUAAUUUAUUCCUUCAUAGGUUUCUGUUUCUUACCCAAUUUUGUUCUGUAAAUCCGAUUUAGUGGCAUGUUUAUCAGCUGCCAUAUGUUUGUAAGAAAUUUAGCUCAGUGAUUUAUAGGAGGACUUUAACCUUUACAAUUGAUCCUAGUCUCUUUAAUAGUUUUUCUUUCUUGUGAUUAUGAAACUAUCUGUAUGUUUUUCUUCCUU